AUGGCCCAAUACUCGCUCCAACCACUCAUUUUCGCCCUGAGUCUGCUUCUCAGCAUCGUCUCUUGUGCUCCCAUCAGGCCUUUCAUGGGGAACCAAGCCUAUGCAUUAGAGUUCGAAACAGACGAGACACAAAACCGCUGGGUCUUCAACGUCUACGCAGACGGCUACAACAAAGUCGACGCCGACGGCCAGCCCGAGGCAGUCGACACCCUCAUCGUGAACAAGCAGUCAAAGCGCCUGACAGUUGUCAAGGCCAUGAACGGACUGGACACGACGGAGCCGCGCCUCAAGAUGCGGCAGGUCCUGAAGGAGUGCUGGACCAGGACGGGUCUUGCGCCAUCCGACCUGAAAGAGGUGCUGGGCUACAAUGUCGAGAACACCAACAUGCAGGAGGCCAUCGGACAAUGCCGAGAUGAGAUGGGCCUAAAGGCUACCGAUUCUUUUGUUGUUUCUGGGACGGAGAGUGUGGCGGCGAAGAAGGCUUGUUGGCAUAAGCUUGGGACCACCGUCUUUUCGUGGUCGAUUAUGGGGGCUAUUAAGGAUUUCGACAUUAAGAAGAAGCUCAUCAGCAUUGAUGUUGAGAAUGGGGGUCCGGUCGAUCAUGUUUACUACAAGUUCUCAUGA